ACAAUUGAUGCCUUACCGAUACGGAUAUGCUGUUAAAGACGAGGACGGAAAUGAUUUUAACCAACAAGAGCAAUCUGAUGGACAACAGGUGACAGGGCAGUACAGUGUACUUCUUCCUGAUGGUAGAAUUCAGACUGUAACAUACAGUGUGGCACCCAAUACAGGAUUUGUGGCGGAGGUUACCUAUACUGCAGCUCCCGGAGGUGCAUUUGGGGGCGGAGCCGGGGGCGGCGGAGGAGCAGGAGGAUUUGGUUCAGGAGGCGGUGGAGCUGGGGGCGGAGUACGUGGCGGUGGAGUGCGUGGCGGAUCUCAAUCUGUACAAGCCGGAUAUGGCGCACCUGGCAGAAGAUAAUUAUUGAGAGAAAAAAAGUAUUGUCUUCAUAUUUUUUGUUAUUUUUUGUUAUUUUUGUUAUCUAUCUCUUAUUCUAAUUUAUAUAUAUUUCUGUUUUGUUUGAUAUUUUGUGCAAGCAAUAUAUGUAUAUUAUAACCCUCGUAAUUGUGCAUACAAGUAUAAAUAUGUACACAUAAAUAUGUACAAGUAUACAAGUAUAAUUUAUACAAUAUAUACAAGUAUAAAUAUGUACACAUAACAUGAUGAUUAAUGACAGUUGAUAGAAGACAUGUUGACUUCUUGAUAUAUAUUGCAGUAUUUAUUUUUUUGAAUCUUUGAACAAAAUUUCAUAAAAUAUCACAGAGCGUUUUCAAAAGUUCUCUAUUGUUCUCUAAAAUAUUCAAAUAAUUAAAUAAAUGUUGAAAAUUCGGA